AUGCAUGAUAAGCGGCGAACGAACGAGGCACGGUCGCUCUCCGACAUGAGGCGCGUUGCACUUGCCAGUGCUGCCCUGGCCUUCUGUCUGCCCGCCCAAUGGGUGGCAGAUGCCUCUGCUGCUGUGGCAUGCCUCACGGCUGCGACUGGCCGGCGCCUCGGCGCGUCAGCUCGGCUCGGCGUAGCGAUAGUGGCCAGCGCAACUCGCCUGGACUCAACGCUCAGCCAGGAGCUCCCGCACGCGCUGGCGCGAGUCAUGGCGCAUGCAACGCGCCUGAAUGCUCGCCUCGCCUCGCGCAAAUGCGACCCCAGCGCGCCGAGCAACGAUCGCCCGUCGCCCUCCGCGACGCGGCCAGCGCCGCUUAUCAUGCUGGGGCCGGCCUCGGACGGACCCGCGGUAUCGGUCGGGCUGCUGGUCGAGGCGCCCGAGCGCAGCCGCCAGCGGCGCCUGCGAUGGCUCGGCGCCGCCGCUGCCCUCGCACUCCAUGCCGGCCUCCUGCUUGUGUUUUAUGCAAGCGGCGGCAGCUUGAGUGCGCCGUCGCUCAGGCAGCGCUUCGACGCAUACGACGGGGACGGCGACGGAAGGAUUACGACAGACGACGCCCGCCAGCUCCUGCUCGACUCCGACGUCUGCUGUCCAACUCCAGAAGCUGCUGCUGAGGCCGUCGCGGAAAUGGACUCGGACGUCGACGGUAGGACAUAUGCGCGCAACGUCGCUGUAGGCCACGUGGAGUGGGGCGAGUUCAAGCUAAGCCUGGACCGCCCAGUGACGGUGGCGAAGCCGGCAACGCGGGCUGCCGACAGCGGCGGAGCUGACGAGCGCACUGACGUACCCAGCGCCGGGGAGGCACUCGCGUGGGGGCAGUGCGGCGGGCGCCGCCCGACUGACACGCGCCCGUGCGCCGACGGCGCGUUGUGUAUUGUUCGGAACGAACGCACAAACUUCAGCCAGUGCGUUCCGAGCAAUCCACAGCGGGAUCCCUCGAUGAAUGCGCCCGGGGACUCCGCAGGGGGGCAGGCGGGUUCCGACGAGCCGCCGCGCCGUGCCACGCCGUCUGGACCGCUGGACAUCGGUGGAGCGCCGGCGACGUACGACGACCCCGACUUUGCGGCGCUCGGCACCACACACGGCGAUCCUGCCCGGUUUCCGCGUUGGCUACUGCUCGUCAUGACGGCGGUGGUCAUGCCGGGAGACACCGCGUGA